AAACAUAUCGCAUUGAGUUUUACAGCCCACUGGUCAGUCCAACUCAAAACCCUCGUUAAGCCCCUCCGCCCCAUUUCUCACAUUCUCUCGGACUCGAUCACAUUCAAAAAAAUAAUGUUGAUCCGACGCGUAGCACUGACCACCUCCCUCCACCACUACCACCUCCGGUUCUUCAGCAACUCCGCCGCUGCCGCCGUUCUUCCAGACCCAGAACCGGAGUUCCCAAAACCGGACCCCAAAUACGACGAAACUAUUCACGCAAUUGCACGCGCCAAAUCGGGGAAGAACAUCGCCGCAAAAGAGAGGAAAGCAGGGCGAGUACCGAGCAUAGUGUUCGAACAGGAAGACGGUCAACAUGGGGGUAACAAAAGGCUCAUUUCUGUUCAGGCUAAUCAGAUUAGGAAGCUAGUUAACCAUCUUGGUAGGUCCCAUUUCUUGUCCAGGUUGUUUGAUCUUGAAGUUCGCCCCGACUUUGACUCUGUUGAGGUUGUUGAGAAGGUUCGAGUUUUGCCCAGAAAGGUUCAUCUGGAAGCUGGUUCAGAUGCGCCUCUUAAUGUUACAUUUAUAAGAGCUCCAUCAAGUGCUUUAUUAAAGGUUGAUGUUCCUCUCGUAUUUAGAGGAGAGGAUGUGUCCCCCGGGCUGAAGAAAGGGUCGUAUUUGAAUAUUAUCAAGAGAACGGUAAAGUAUCUAUGUCCUGCGGAUGUCAUCCCUCCUUACAUUGAUGUAGAUUUAAGUGAGUUGGAUGUUGGCCAAAAGUUGGUAAUGGGUGAUCUGAAGGUUCAUCCAGCUUUGAAGCUUGUCCAACCAAAGGAUCAUCCUGUUGUCAAGAUUAUGGGAGCAAGAGUUUCUGAUCAAAAGAAAGCUAAAUGAUUUUAAUUGAAGCACUUGUGUGAAAGCUUAUUAUGAAAGGAUUCCACAGCUGGGGACGUUGGCAUUGGUAGCUGAUGUAAGUUAUUCCAUGAUCGUGUUCAUUUGUGCUAGUUAUAUAGGAUGAUUAGUGAUAUUAUCUCAAUUUUUGGAAUCUUUAUUCGGAAUGAUUUUAUUCCCUUUAGAUGAGUAUGUUGAAUUUUUGGGAAACAGGAGGGAGCCUUCAUGAUUUGAAGCGGCUUCACUUCUUGAGUGUCAUCAGUAACUGAAUUGUAUAUCAAAUUGCUAAUGUCCAAAUAAUUUUGCACUACUGGGCUGUGAAAUGUGAAACUUCAUGACUUUCUCUGCGCA